AAAAAGAAAAAGAAAAAAGAAAGCAGAAGAAUAGCAUUACGACACACUUAGAAACCAGAGGAUAUUUUGUUCCAGUCCUAGAAUACUUGACCAAUUAACAACCAUCUGACGGAGAACAUUUCGGCCUCUCCUCCAAAUUAAAGCUCCUGCGUACAUUGGAGCUGUGAUCGUGCGACCCGCAAACCCCCACCAACUUAAGCUUCUUCAUGAUGUCGUCGGAUCAACAGUUCUUUCUUAAAUGGAACGAUUUUCAGACGAAUAUGGUGACCUCGUUCCGUCACUUGCGUGAUGAGAAGAGUUUCACAGAUGUAACACUCGCUUGCGAGGGCCAGACUUGCAAAGCACACAAAAUGGUGCUUUCCGCUUGCAGUCCCUACUUUAAGGCGCUUUUAGAGGAGAACCCUUCAAAGCACCCGAUUAUUAUACUUAAAGAUGUCUCGUAUAUACACCUACAGGCUAUACUGGAGUUUAUGUACGCCGGAGAGGUGAAUGUGUCCCAAGAGCAGCUGCCAGCAUUUCUUAAGACAGCCGAUCGCCUCAAAGUAAAAGGCCUGGCAGAGACACCCAGUUCAAUAAAGCGGGAGGGUUGAUGGUAUUAAACAAUUAAAAAACAAACACAAAAUAACAAAAAGAAAACUAAGAAACUAUAUAUAUAUAUAUGCAAAAAAACAAAAUUCCAACAAAAGAAGAAAGAAAAAAACUUACGAAAACGACAUUUGGUAUACAAAAAUCAUUUAACUUUAUAAAAUAAACAGCAAAAGAAACCCACACAAAACUGACAGAUACAAACGCUUAGUCUGUAAAGUAAUAUCGGUAGUAACCAGAAGAAUAUGGUUCCACCUGCCCAAGCCCACUUAUUCAUACCGGAUCUACCUACCCAUUUGCAAACCUCUAUCGAUCGGCUCAAUUGAACUGUGUGUUUGUUUCAUUUCUGCAUAAAAUAGUUUGUAAAAUAUUAUAUUAACAACCAGAAAACAAAGCAACAACCCCCACUCUGUAUAAAAGGAAAGAUAUGGACAGGACAACCCCUAACAAAACAAAACAAAAACGCACUUUUGUAAAGUAAUUAAACAGAAGAAUUCAUUAAUGAAAACUAUAUAAAGAUAAUUAUAAAUAUAGUGAGAAAUGUGCAAGUAGAACGAUAGAGUGCCGCAAAGGGAGCGAAUAUUACAACACAUUCGGUUAGUUUUUAAGCCACUAACUACAGCCCAAACCCCUGAACACCCCCUAUACACAAAACUCACACACACACACACACAGACUCAACAACUUCAACACCAUAAAAAACAUCCUUCAUCUAUAGUUAAUGAAUAAAAA